UGUAUGGGUUUCGGAUGAAACGUCGUCCUCAUAAUUAAAAAAAAUUUUUUUUGGAUUUUCUGGGGGGGGGAAUGUGGUUUGGGAUAAAAUGUCGCCUAAUAAUUUUUUGGUUUUAAAAUACAAAAAAAGAUUUUUUUGGAUUUUUAAGGGAAAUGGAUGGGUUUAGGAUGAAGCGUCCCAUAAUUUAAAAAAAUUUUUUAUUCCUUGGAAAAUUAGAAUUUAAUAGGGUUGGGAUAAAAUGUCACCUAAUAAUUUUUUUCCUUGGAAAUUUUUUUUUAAUUUUUGAGGGGAACUUAUGGGGCUAUUUUAUAGGGCAAUGUCAUGUCCAAGUGUCAUAGAUGUCGUUAUACAAGAAGAGAAUCAGCAAAAAAUAAUACCCAAAAAUGGCCUUAAAAAGGAUGAAGAUGGAAUUAAUUUUACAACAAAAAAUGUUACAAACGAAGCGAAUAAGGAAGAAAAAUUGGAAAAAGAAGAAGCAACAGGCGGAGGUGGAAAUAUGUUAAAAACAAUUGUAGAACAAUUGGGAUCAAAUAUUAAAAAUGUAAUUGGACAAGCAUUUUCUAAAAAUAAUAAUGGAAAUGAGGAGGAGAAGAAUAAAAAGGAUGUGUUUAAUAGAAGGAAAAAUGUUUUGAGGUAA